AUGGGACGCAACAUCUCACUGCACGUGAAGAGUGUUGCCGCCGCUUCCUUGCUUACAAUCCUCUUGAUCAUUCUCUAUGUUUACAACGACAGCGUGGGCGUGCAAGUCUGGAGCUAUGCAGGAGCAGGCGGCACAGAAGCGCAUCAAGACCAAGGUCAUACCACCGAUGACAUACCCAAUAUUGUCCAUUUCGUCUACAUCCUUGCCAACGAGAGCAAGGGUUUUAAUUUCGAGUUUAGCCAUUUCCUGUCCAUGUAUGCAGUCUCGCUGUACUGGGAACCCGACACCAUCUUCCUACACACCAACGUCGACCCAGACGGCACAGCUGUGGCCAGAGCCAGGGAUGGCUUCGGUGGGAAGUGGAACAAGCUGAUCUUUACAUAUUUCAACCUCGACAUUCGGAAGGUGGAGGUGCCCUCUUACGCCAACAACGGCGUCAAGAUCCAGGGACUCGAGCACAAGUCCGACUUCGUCCGUGUCAAGGCCGUCCAGGAACACGGGGGCAUUUACAUCGACUGGGACGUCCACGCGCUGCGGGACGUCAAGAGUCUGCGGCAGAGCGGCUUCAACGCCGUGGCGGGCAGGCAGGCCCACGGGCAGAUCAACAGCGGCACCUUCAUGUCGAAGAAGGGCGCCAAGAUGAUUGACAUGUGGACCGAUGGCAUGCACGAGGCAUACAAUGGAGGCUGGACCACGCACAGCAACGAGGUCAUCACGAGGGUGGGCGAGCUUCUCGUCCAGGAGCCCGGGGAGAUGCUCAUCCUGGAACGCGACGCCUUUGCACCGGGGAGCUGGGAGAGCAAGGACACGGAUAACCUCUUUCAAAGCCAUGCUGAACCGGCCGGCUUCACGGAGCAUGAGCUCGCCGCCAUGCGCAGCCUGCGACUGGCCGAGUCCGAGACGCCUGGGGACGUCCCAGAGUGGGCGUGGAAUUGGUCGCACACAUAUCUCCUGCACGCCUUCAGCCCGGAUCGCUGGCAUCAAAAGGUGCAUGGCUACGACCACAUUUCGCCGGCGUACGUGUUACGCAGAGACAGCAAUUUCGGGAGAGCAGUGUACCCGGCCGUGCUGCACAUGUACAGGGAGGGCCUUAUUGGGGUGAACGAUCCCUACGAUGGGUGA